AUGGGUGACGCGCUGUUCCCCGUGUACAACAACUUCUUCAUCGGCAACUAUCAGGUCUGCAUCAACGAGGCGUACGAGCUGUCCAACCUCUCCGGAACGGACGCCAUCGAGCGCGACUGCUACCUGUACCGCUCGCACAUCGCGCUGGGCCACUGUCAGCUCGUGAUCGACGAGAUAAACGACGACGCGACCACCGCGCUGCAGGCGGUGAAGUGCCUGGCGACGUACAAGUCACGCGAGCUCGAGCGCGAGCAGUGCGUUGCAACGAUCAACGAGUGGCUCGCGGACGACAUCGUCAGGGCGAUCCCCACCGUGCAGCUCGUCGCCGCGCUCAUCCUCGCCGACGAGGGCAACACCGUGGAGGCGCUCAAGUGCUGCCACACCGGCCUGAGCCUGGAGCUGAUGGGCCUCAUGAUCCACCUGCUGGUGAAGAUGGACAGGCCGGAGCUGGCGGAGAAGCACCUGCGCGUGAUGCAGGCGGCGGACGACGACGCGACCCUCACCCAGCUCGCCACCGCGUGGGUCAACCUCGCGCAGGGCGGUGGAAAGAUCCAGGACGCGUUCUACGUCUACCAGGAGCUCGGCGACAAGUACAGCUGGACGUCCAAGCUUUACAACGGCAGCGCGGUGUGCCAGAUGGCGAUGGGGCGGUACGAUGACGCCGAGAAGGACCUGGUGGAGGCGCUUCAACGCGACAGCAAGGAUCCGGAUACGCUCCAGAACCUCGCGGUUUGCUCGUUGCACCUCGGCAAGCCGGUGACGCGGUUCGUGAACCAGCUCAAGACGCUGACGCCGAAGCCCGCGUGCAUCGCCGCGAUCGAGGCGCUGGAGCAAAGCUUCGAUCAGGCGGCGGCGCAGCACGCGGCGUGA